AUGCAAGAGCGUUGCGAAGGGCACGCGCGCACCAUCACGUCGCUGGAGGAGCGCUGCACGUCGCUGAAGGGCACGGUGGAGCAGCUGUCGGCGGCGCUGCAGAAGGCGGCGGCGGCGGAGGCCGAGCUGCGCGCCGACCUCGCGCGCGCGCAGCGCCUGCUGGCCGACGCGCGCGCGCACGAGGCCGGCGCGGCCGACAAGCUGCGCCAGAUACAGAAGAGCAUGGCCAAUUGUGAGAACGAGCGUCGCGUACUGUCAGAGAAAUUGGAAAGCGCUAAAGCCACACUAAGUGAAUUGAAACGACAGAAUAACACUUUAGAAGACCAAGUGCACCGUCUGACCAACCAACUGGCCAAUGUAGAAGCGCAGAGAGCGGACCUUGAAUCCCAACUCCGUAUGACGACAUGGGACGGCAAAGAGAGCAACGGCAGUAGUGAGCUAGAAAGGGAACUUCACAACCUACAAAGGGAACGAUCAGAACUGAAGGCCAAGAACGACGCCCUGCAGGACACCGUGAGGAAGAUGGAGGCAGAAAGACGUAUGAGACCGUCCGUGUUGAGGAGCAAGAGCCACGAUAGAGGGGAAAAGACCGUCUAUUAUUCUUCGGAUUUGGAUUCUGGGGCGGAUUCGACAAAAGACUCGCGCGGCUACAAGGACUACAAAGAAGUGCCGUGCAAAGAUAAGCCAUAUGGCACUGAGUUCAGUUUGCUUGAACUGGAAAAUCGAGAGCUUAAAAUGAAGAUACGUAGAUUGGAGAAGGAACUGGCUGAUAAGGAGUCGGAGUUAUCUAUAGCCCGCAACCGCUACUUCAGCGAGCUGUCGUCGGGCGGCGGCCGGCAGGACGUGGACGAGUACCGGCAGGCGGCGCUGCAGGCGGAGCGCCUGCUGGAGGCGCGCGAGGCCAGCCAUCGGCAGCAGAUUAUGCGGUUGGAAAACCAGCUGAGCCAGCUGCGCACGCAGCUGUCGGCGGAGAUCCGGCGGCGCCAGGCGUACGUGGCGCGCAGCGGCCGCGCCGCGCGCGACGUGCAGCGCCUGCGCUCGGCGCUCGGCGACUCGCUGCGCACCGUCUCACAGGACCCUGCCCUGGACUCUUACACACUGGAGCAUGAAGCACGAAAACUGGACAGUACUCUGACACAGAGUCUGCCACCGCUCAAUGAUAGUUUUGAUUCCUCUAAA